UGUGUUUUGAAAGGCAUGGAGGACUUUGUCCUUAGUAUAAUCACUUCUCCAGACACUGAAGAAAAUACUUUCAUCUUGAGUCCCAGCUUGCUGCAGAAAGCAAAUAUACAAGUCAUGAAGCAUCCUAUGACUUCAGUUCCCAGUGGUGGUGAAGCACAGUUGUCUUGUAACGAACUCCUUCCAUGGCUCAGUCUGAACUGUUUAGGAGGAGUAGAUAAACUAGGAUUAUCGUUGUUUAACCACAUAUCACACAGCCUUUUGGGACGACCACUUUCUCAAAAGCUAGCCACCGUAUCUGUAGGGCUGCGCAGUGGUGGUAUCCUGGUUACUGGAGCAAAGGGAAGUGGCAAGUCAACUUUAGCAAAGGCCCUCUGCAAGGAAGCCUUCGAUAGACUGGAUGCUCACGUGGAAGUAAUUGACUGUAAAGCUUUAAAAGGGAAAAGAUUAGAAAACAUACGAAAGAAACUGGAAGAGGCAUUUCUGGAGGCAGUCUGGAGACAGCCAUCAGUUAUUCUGUUAGAUGAUCUUGAUCACAUGGUUGGGAUUCCCCUUACUCCAGAACACGAGAACAGUCCUGAAGCAGUACAGAGCACUCGCCUCGCUCAUGUAUUGAAAGAUUUGAUAAAGGAAGCAACUUGCACGCGCAGUUUGAUUACACUGAUUGCCACAAGUCCAUCUGAACAAUUACUACAUCCUUCCAUAGUUUCUGCCCAAGGAAAUCACAUAUUUCAAUGCUUCCAACGUAUCCAGGCUCCAAAUCAGGGGCAAAGGCGUGAAAUACUUAAUUCCAUAAUGAAAAAUAAACUUAAUUCCAACCUGGACAGAUUGGGUGAUCUAGAUCUUCUUCAAAUUGCUAAGGAAACAGACGGAUUUGUAGCUAGAGAUUUGACCAUGUUAGUUAAUCGUGCCAUACAUUCAUUUGUUUCUAGUAGGAGACCAUGCAGAAAAGAAGUACUUCUGUGUUAUGUUUUAUCAAGAAAAUAUAUGUGUUUGAAAGCAGAUGACUUUGUAUAUUUUCAGUAUCCAGAAUUAUUUGCAAAUCUGCCCAUUCCACACACAGCAGGAAUCUUAUUAUAUGGGGCUCCAGGAACAGGAAAAACUUUAUUAGCAGGAGUAGUUGCUCGAGAGAGUGGAAUGAAUUUUAUCAGCAUCAAGGGACCAGAACUCCUUAACAAAUACAUUGGAGCAAGUGAACAAGCGGUUCGAGAUGUGUUUAACAGAGCACAGGCAGCCAAGCCUUGCAUUCUGUUCUUUGAUGAAUUUGACUCCCUUGCUCCUCGCCGAGGUCAUGAUAACACUGGAGUAACUGACCGAGUUGUUAAUCAGCUGCUGACUCAGUUAGAUGGAGUAGAAGGUUUAGAAGGGGUUUAUGUACUUGCGGCCACCAGUCGUCCAGAUUUGAUUGAUCCAGCUCUUUUGAGGCCUGGUCGGUUCGAUAAAUGUCUGUAUUGCCCACGUCCUGAUCAGGCUUCCAGAUUUGAAAUUUUAAAAGCACUGAGCCACUGUCUGCCUCUGGCGCAUGAUGUCGAUCUUCACCAUUUGGCAGCAAAAACAGAGUAUUUCACGGGAGCAGACCUAAAAGCUUUACUGUACAAUGCCCAGUUAGAGGUAGUACAUGCCAGUUUGGGCUCAGCCUUGCCCCAGGACAUAGGUUCUAGUUCAGACAGUGAUCUCAGUCUGUCUUCAAUGGUUUUCUUAAACCACAGCAGCGGAUCAGAUGAUUCUGCUGGAGAUGGAGAAGGAGGGAUGGAACAAUCUCUGGUCUCCCUUGAAAUGUCUGAGUUGCUUCCUGAAGAUCCAAGGUCCAACAUAUAUCGUCUUUAUUUUGGAAGCUCUUAUGAAUCAGAGCUUGGCAAUGGAACUCCAUCAGAAAUGAGUUCUCAGUGUUUCUCUGGACCAAAUUCCAUAAAUCAGGAUUUGACCAGCCUGUCUUUGAAGGAUUUAGUGUCAUCUCAACCUCUAGUGUUAAGAACAGCCUUACAGGAAGGUUACCAAGAACUUAAUCAAGAACAAAUAGAACAACUCAGGGCUGAAAUCAGUGCUAUCAAGGCCAACUACAGGAACAGAAAUGGAGAGGAGGUCACUUCAAGUCAAUCUGUGUCAAUCAAGAACACUCUAAAUAUUACUCAGUGUCACCUAAUGAUGGCACUUGGAAACACAAAGCCAUCUAUUAGUCAGGAUGACUGGAAUCAUUUUGCUGAACUCUACGACCACUUUCAGAAUCCAAAGAGGAAGGGGCCCACUGGAGCAAUUUUCAAUCCAGGACAAAAAGUGACACUUGCUUAAUUGCUAUUAAUGUGAUAAUGAUCACUAAGUAAUUUUUGCAGUGACGUGUUUACAU